GCACAGUGCUGCGGUGCAGGAGGGAGAGAAGGCGGCAGAGCGCAGCAGCGUCGGGCGCCCAGCUUCCAAUUUUCCAGAGCGCGUGCGCCAGGGGCGCCAGAACUCGCUCCGGGGGUGGCCUCCUGCCGAGCCCAGGAGUCGCCGCCGGGUUGCGGUGACAUUGUGGGAGGGAGGAGGAGGAGACUCGGCUGGAAAGAGGCGGUGCUGAGGGAAGGAACGCGCGCCUUGCCUUGCGCCCCUGGCUUGUGCGAGCAGCUGCAGCGAGGCAGCCAACUUGUACCCGUGCUGAGGCUCUGGCGCGCAAGGGCUGGAGGUGGCUGCCUGGCUGAGUCUCGCCGCUGCUACUGCUUCUCCAGUCCUUCCAGUUCCUCUCUCAUGCUUGGCCAGAGGCUGCUGGAAGCUGCAGACUAUAAAUAGCAGAGGCUACGGAGUCACUGCGUGCUACACGCCGAGGAGAAGAGAGGCUGCCGCCGCCACGGCUUUAUUGGGAGGCAACCAGAGCUGCUGAGUCCUGGUGUCUGCUCGGCCCAAGAGUGCCUCCGAGAGCAACACCUGGCAGACUCCAGCCAAAGAUGCCGGAAGCCUCCAGCAGAAGACUCCAGAAGCUGAUCUUGUCUGCUGAAUAGAUCUUGCUCACUUCCAACCAAUUCAUUAGCAUCCCUAUUAUCAUCCACCUCAUCUUCUUCAUGAACAGCCAGAUGCGAUACAAUGCUAAGGAACUGGCAGCACUGGCUAGAAGGCCAUCAUCUUGUUUUGACAAGGAAGGAAAUCUGAAGAUAUGCAGAGUGUUCGGGGAUGGUAAAUUUAUAGAGCCAAGAGAGAGAUGGUGUCGUCUGAAAGGGAAUCUCCUCUUUCUAAUGAAAAAUAAGACCAAGAGCUUUGAAGCCUCUGAGGUUGUAAUCCUGGAGCGGUGCUGUAUUGUGGAGCUGCAGAAUAAAGCAGAUGCUUCAGUAGUACUCAAGUUUCAGAGUGGAGAACCAGACCUUUACCUUGAAGCUGCAUCAAGGUCUGACUGUGAAUCUUGGGCUGUGGCACUUGGAGAGGCAAAUUCUGAAGGUCUGCGGAAUAAAAUUCAGCAGCUCCAGAGUCUGAUCAUGGAAAUCAAGGAAGAGAGAACAGCAGAUGAAGUACAACAAUUUCUUCCAGCAGCACAAGCAGACAGUCUUGCAGAGCCUAAGCUUACAAGUCUUAAGAGGACUCUCAGUGAAUCAAAGCUUGAAUUCAGUCUUGCAUGUAAAGAUCUAGUGGCUCCUACUCGUGAUCGGAAGCUGAAUACUUUUGUGCAGAUCACAGUGGUGCAUCCAGGGGAACAGAUUUCAGCAAGAUAUUCCAACACGGAAAUUGUGGAGGGAACAAGAGACCCUCUGUUUCUGACUGGUGCAACGUUCCCAUCGGAUUACCCUAUCUAUGAGGAGACAAAAAUAAAACUUACAGUAUAUGAUGUCAAGGAUAAAUCUCAAGACACGGUCCGCACCAGCAUCCUGGCAGAACACAAAGAGCCAAGGACAGAUACUGGGAGAAGCUUUCUGGGUUGUGCUUCAUUUAAAGUAGGCGAUUUGGUGAAAUCAAAGGAGCAACAAUUGACUCUUAGCCUGAGGAGCUCGGAUGGUGGAAAGACAGUUGGCACCAUAGAUGUCAGCCUGGUGAAGAUGGGGGAAGCCGAGGAUGGGGAGACAGAUCACAUCACAACAGAUGUGCAGGGACAAAAGUGUGCCUUGGUUUCUGAGUGUACAUCUCCUGAAAACCUCAGUAGUAAAGACAACUUACCUUUAUUAAAUGCAGUGUUAAAAAACCCGAUCUGUAAGUUGUAUAGAUUCCCUACUUCUGACAACAAGUGGAUGUGUGUACGAGAACAGAUGUCUGAGAGCACUCUUUCUUUUCAUAUUCCCAAGGAACUCAUCAAUCUGCAUAUUAAGGAGGAUAUGAGAAGGAAUCAGGAACUUAAAGAACUUGGGGAACUUGCUCCACAUUGGGAUAAUAUGCGCAAAAGUGUUGUUGCCCAUUGUGAUCAAAUGUUGAGCCUCUACCAAGACAUGUUUGCAGAACUUGGAAAGUACACAGGCUCUUCCUUCAAAUCAAGCUGUAGUAAAGGGGAAAAGACACUAGAAUUUGUUCCAGUCAAUCUACAUCUGCAGAGAAUGUACGUGCAUAGUCCUCGGCUGAAAGAUGUUCUAUAUGAUGUCAUCACAGUAGGAGCCCCUGCAGCACAUUUUCAGGGUUUUAAAAAUGGGGGUCUUCAGAAACUGUUGAAUAAAUUUGAAGCAGAAAGACGAAAUACUGGGUACCAAUGUAUUUACUAUUCACCUGAAAACACAGCCAAGGCAAAAGAAGUUCUCAGUAACAUCAAUCAUCUGCAACCUCUCAUAUCAAGCCAUGCAGACCUGCUGCUUAAUUCUGCAAGGCAGCAUUUGCCAGACAGCUUGAAGAAUUCCUUAAAGAUGCUUUCAGAAACGACAGAGUUAUUUGUGCAUGCAUUUAAGGAUCAGCUGAUCAGAAGUGCCCUUUUAGCUCUAUACACAGCCCGUCCAGGUUGUGUCUUAAAAAAACCAGCUGUGCCAAGGAGUAGUAUUGAAGAGGGUGAAGAUCAGCCAAAUCAGGAGCAUCCAUCCCAGAUGAAGAGACAGGAUUCUAUACCUCACCAUUCAGAAUAUGAUGAGGAAGAGUGGGAUAGGGUGUGGGCGAAUGUGGGAAAGAGUUUAAACUGCAUUAUUGCAUUGGUGGAUAGAUUGCUUGAAACAGACCACACCCCCAACUUCACUAAGAAAAAAGAAAAUGACAGUGACCCUUCAACAGCAGAACAUGCGACAUCUCAUAUUAGUGGUGACUGGUAUGAACAGCUUUAUCCACUCACAGUUACACUGAAGGACUGUAUUGAAGAGGUGGUGACUAGGGCAAAGCAAUCAAUGUCUUUUGUUCUGCUUCAGGAGCUUGCCUGUAGUUUGCCACAAUGUUUAAUGCUGACCCUAAGACGAGAUAUUGUCUUCAGUCAAGCACUUGCAGGAUUGGUCUGUGGAUUUAUAAUGAAACUACACUCCAGUUUAUGUGAUCAAGGCUUCCUACAGCAGCUUCAUACAGUGGGGUUAGUUGUUCAAUAUGAAGGACUCCUCAGUACAUACAGUGAGGAGGUUGGAAUGCUAGAAGACAUGGCUGUGGGAAUAUCAGAUUUACAAAAAGUAGUGUUCAAAAUAACUGAAGCCAAAUCAGAUGACCUCUUGCCUGCUAUAACAGGAAGACGGGGACAUUAUGUAAUAGAAGUCAAGCUUCCAGAAAAAAUGUUUGUAUUGCUGCCACAAGAGAUCAAAGAAGGAAAACUGCUUCAUAUAUAUCCAGUCCUCUUUAAUGUUGGAAUCAAUGAACAGCAAACACUUGCGGAAAGGUUUGGAGAUACCUCUUUGCAAGAAAGUGUUAACCAGGAGAAUUUGGAACUGCUAAAGGAGUAUUACAAGUUGUUCACAGAAAAAAUGCCUCCUGACUGCCUACCACAUUUUCAAGAACAGAAUGACUUAAAAGGAUUACUAGAAAAUCUCCAUCAAAACAUUCAGGCUAAAAAAAGAAAGAAUGUAGAAAUCAUGUGGCUGGCGGCAACGAUUUGUCGCAAGCUAAAUGGAAUCCGGUUUACCUGUUGUAAAAGUGCCAAAGAUAGGACAUCAAUGUCAGUGACAUUGGAACAGUGUUCAAUUUUAAGAGAUGAACAUCAGCUGCACAAAGACUUUUUUAUCCGUGCACUGGACUGUAUGAGAAGAGAAGGAUGCCGCAUAGAGAAUGUACUGAAGAAUGUCAAAUGCAGAAAGUAUGCUUUCAACAUGAUACAGCUGAUGGCUUUCCCAAAGUACUACCGACCACCAGAGGGGACAUAUGGAAAAGCUGACACCUAAGCUUUAGAGAGAGAGAAAUUUGUGCAGAAUCACACAGCUAUGCUCAUUAGUUAACACAGAUUGCUUUGUGUGUCUCACACUGAAGUGUCUAAGGUGGGAGGAGGGGGACUAGAAGUUAUUUUUACCAAACUGUAACAUCAUUUGAAAAAGAAACAUCAAUAAAAUAUGGCAGGGUGAGUGUUCUGGCAAACAGCUAAGUAAGUUAAACAAACACAGCCUUUCCAUAAAAACUAGACUAUCUUACAAGCAAACAGAAUUAAGGCUUGAUCAUUAGUCCAGUAGAAGGUCAAAUGUUGACUUGACUUGGGAUCACCAUGUUGACUUGGGAUCACCAUGAGUCUAGACUUGAAGCAAAGCCAGUUCUGUAUUAAGCAGCAAUGAAUAGCCGUAGGUGCUGCCUACUGGAUUUAGGACAAAGCUAAGGUGCUACUGUGCUAUGGUGCAUAAGAUCCAGGACACAUUUUGAAAAUGAGUGUUAAUCUUGGGGGCACUGAUUUACUAAAUAUUAGGUAGUAUAUUCUACUCUUCUGGGUUAUCUUUGUAGUUAUGGCUACAUAUGUUAAUGUUUUUUUAAAAAAACAAUCUUGAUUUAACACGCUUUAUCUUGGACUAUCAUCCACAAAUCUCAGUAGCAUGUUUGCUGCAGCCUUUGAGGCAGAAUCUAGAGUAUUAUGGGCCAAUCUCUGUGAUAUUAAGGGACAACAUAUGUAAGCAAUAUAAAACAAGUGUUGCCACUGGAUUCUCUCCUCUGUGCACUCUAAAUUUACAGAGGGGACAUGGAGAUUUUACUGGUGUAGAAUAAUUUCUGUAUUGAAUAAUAGCACAUCCUUUACAUUCAACCUACAGAAGCAAAAUAAUCAAGGUAAAGAACUGCAUUACAACUAAUCUCAACAAAUUAAUCUCAAGUUUAAGAAUGUUUUUACAUGCUGCGAACUACUUUUAAUUUGGAAUAUCUCACUUAACAUUAAUGUAGAACAGAAAGGAAAGAGUCGUUUAUAAGUCAAAUGUAUGUGCUAGCCAACAUAAACUUUAUAUUUGAAUGAUCACAGAAGGGGAAAAAAUUGUGCACGAGGGGUGGGGGAUAAUAAGCCCCACAUGUGAAUAUAAGAACAAGUUGUUAUAGCAACACACAAGAAAAGCUUCAGCCAAGUUAUACUACUAUAUUACAUUUCUGCUUUUGAAACAAUGAGAUUUAAGUCAGUACGUUGGACAUCUCUACUGUUUCAAUGACAAUUGGUAGUGAUGGCAGUGUAAACCUGUUGAGUGGUUUCCAGCUGAAGCUACUAAAGAAAUUCUAUUGAAUGUAACAGCAAUGUCAAAAAUUAGCAAAGAUGCAAAUAACUCAGCCCUGCAGGGGUGGGAAAUGAUAGAAUAUCAACACAUAACCUGUACAGCUUUCCUUUUGCUCCUUUUUGAUGUGGUAUAAGUCUGUGUUUGUAUCUAAAUUAUAAAGGCGCGCCGUAUUAAUGGUGCUAUGCUGACCAGAAAACCCAUACUAAGUAACUUUUUAAUGCGUUCAAAAAUUUGGGGCAUAGAUGAAAUUGGGUUCUCAGAGUGAAACAUUUGCUCUUGUGUUGUCAUGUUAAAAGUGCCAGGUUGCCUUUUUAGGCCCAUUAUGUGUUAAUCUUGCUUGUGUGAUUAGUCCCACUUAAUUCAAUAUAUUUCAUCCUCAUUUUACUUAUCAUAAACAUGAUUUAAUUAAGAAUGAAGCCAGUACCUUGUCACUACAGUAUCCUGUUAUGCACUUUGGGGUAACCUAUGUCCUGUAGCAAAGUAACAAACCAAACUGUAAGGAAUACCUCAAUGUAAUGUAACAUUUUCACGUUAAUAAGCAUCUCUACAUGCUUAUAUAAGUUAUCAAUAUAAAAUAUAAAGUUAUCAGUAAGCAUCUCAGUGCUCUUCACAAAAUAUGUCUGAACUGACAUGUCAUACAGGGUGUUUGGGUUGGUUUUUGUUUAUGACAAUGUAGUUCUUGCUAACUACAUAUAAUGUGGCUAUUAUGGAAUGAUCACACAGAAAGAAAACCUGUAUUCUCUUGUUGCCUUAUGUCUCUUGUGGUAUGUAUUGUAAUAAAAUAAAAGUAACACAUGUACUGUAAUCAGAAAUAUAAAUUUCUGACUGAAAGCAGCAAACCAUUAAGUCAGGGAAACUUAUUUGCACUAGAAAUUUUAACAAUCAAAAGCAUAAUUCAGGUGGUUCUUCACAAGCUGCACUGAAGUCAAUGGAAGCUGUACAAUAAUGCUGCCACACAUUCGUUUUAGUGGGGCAUGUGCAGGACACAGUUCUAGAAUGUGCCCCCAGAUUCUUCAAACUGCAUAUAGAUGGACAAAUAAGCAUCUCUCUCUUGUGAUCAAUUACAGAAAGCUGUCUUCCAAAUAAUGUUGCUGCUUUAAGUAAAUUAAAGUCUGGACUGGUACUUUUAAAAAGCAUCAUUAUUGAAGCUUUAGGUGCCUUUUUCAAAGAUAAUGUGUUAGCAAUUUACCUCUGGAAAGGUAUAGUACUUCAGGAGCUUGUUAUUUAAUAUUAUUUUUAUAGAAAAAUAAGAUGAAUUUCCCCCCACUAAGAAACUAAGCACUAAAAAUUAUGAAUAUAGGAAACUGCCAGGUGUACUUAAAUAUAGUGCAUUUUAAAUUAUGCUCCAGAACACAAUGUUACUGAGUCAGCAUAAACAGCUCGCUGACAUUUUUAAAUUAUUUAAUAGUAUAUAGAGUUUUCUGCAUGUAAAAACCACUUGUUUCUACAGCACUUUCAAUGCCAUUAGACUUUGUUUGCCCUUUGUAUAUUACUUCUUUGGCUAUUUUUUUAAAGAAUGAUGCAUCCAAGUGUAUAUUUCCAGUUACUCACACAAUGCUUUAAAUAUUUCAACAUACUUUAAAAGGAAAAAAUGACACACAUCUGUAGGUCAACCACUGUAGAAUAAUACUGCACAGUCCUUACAAAAAUAAAUUUCCUGAGGCCAGAAAUACUGAGAUUUUACCUUUAUGUUUCUAUAAUCUUAUAAUAUGUGGGUCAUCUUUCAUCUGUGCUACCAAACUCUCAGGGAAUUAUGAUCUUCUCUUCUCUGCAUGCAAACUUUGACUGCAAUAUUCUAGGUAAAAUGGAGAUUAUUGUGAUAUCCCAAAGAAGAAUUUGUUUAUAAUAGCCCUGGAGCCUAUGGCCACAGUUCAGUGAACUGCACUGGAAGCCCCAUGUGCUCAACAGAACUUUGGAUGUGCAUUUCUUGAAACAUGUCCUAGGAAGUUCAGAAAACUAUUUAUGAAACUCAGAGGAUUUUUCAAAAGCAGUACUAGCAUGGCAAGAUAGGCAAAUUAUAUUCCAAGAGAAAAAGUCUAAAGGUCUGUUGGGCAUAUGAAAGCCUUGGAGCAUGGUCAAAUAAUUCUCUGAAAUGUAGAUCAGAGCUCUAGUUCCUCAAGUAACAGAGCUGCACAAAGCCCCAUUCAUCUCAAUAAAGUGUCAUCAAGAGUAGUGAUCAGUGAAUUGUUCUUGGGACCUUUAAAGCAUUUAUCACGAUUCAACUCAUUAUGAUGACAAUCCAAAGAACACAUGCUUUUAAUUAGGUUAUUGAGUAAGCUGAAAGUAACAGUGAUAGCUUUCCUCCUCUUUGGCUGACUUAGACAUUCUGAACUUUUUGCUUUCAUGCAUGUACCUUCUUUUACUUUGUCAUUUUCCCUAUUGGUUUAUGAAUUGCAAUUAUUGCUGUGUGUAAGUCAUACCCAUUGUACAUUGUGUGUGUGUGUAUUUUUAUUUAAAUAAAUUUCUCUUAUUUUUCAUAUUA